AUGGCGGUACUCUGGGUCAUCUUACACCUGAUGUUGGUGUUGAGAGAUGGAAUCGCAGAGAACGACGACUUCCAGGUCCGACUGAGGGGCGGUGACGGCUACAGCUACGGCAGAGUGGAGGUCUACUACAACGGACAGUGGGGGACUGUCUGUGACGACAACUUUGGCUCGCAAGAAGCCCGAGUUGUCUGCCGUGAGCUGGGAUUCUCCGAGUACUACACCUACCACCACAGUGCGUACUACGGACAGGGCAGCGGACCGACAUGGAUGGACGACCUUGGCUGCUCUGGGUACGAGAGCUCCUUGCAGUACUGCCCACAUCGCGGCUGGGGGAGCCACAACUGUGGACAUGAGGAUGACGCCUCGGUCUCAUGUUACGGGGCUUCCUGUAACUUCGACUAUAGUGACUGCGGCUACAGCAAAGAAUCGUCAGGCAUCCAGUGGAUACGGCACAGCGGUUCUACACCUUCUUCUUCAACUGGCCCGAGUGGGGACCACAACACAGGACGUGGAUACUACAUGUAUAUCGAGACUUCCUCCAGUGUGGCGGGAGCCGUAGCACGUCUUCUCAGCCCCACCAUCUCCGACAGUGGAUGGUUCUGCCUGCAGUUCGCCUAUCACAUGUACGGGACUGACAUCGGGGAACUACGGGUGCGCGUUGGGUCAUCCAUUGAAUGGAGCCGGUCGAACAACCAAGGAAAUAGCUGGCAUCUGGCUUCCGUGCAAGUCUUUAUAAUCUACCAAAAGGUCGUGUUUGAAGGUGUUCGUGGUAGCAGCUUCAGAGGGGACAUCGCCAUUGACGACGUUGUCCUGAACCCUGGAUCGUGUCCCACAGGUUGGUUCAACAACUCCUGGCCAGUCAUUGUGGUGGACAACACUGUCAACAGUCCACACUACCCAAACAACUACUUCAACAACGCCAACUGCCGAUGGACCAUCACUGGAUCACCUGGAUCUACCCUGGAAGUUGUGGUGGAACGUUUCCAGUUGGAAUCCGGUCACGACUACCUGAACAUCUACGACGGUCGAUCCACUAGUUCUCCCAGACUUGCCCGUCUUGAUGGAACGGGAUCCUGGAGGUACUUCUAUAGCUCAUCCAACGAAGUUCUGAUCCACUUCACAAGCGAUGGAAGUGUAGUAGACAACGGGUUCAGAAUCCGAUAUCAAGAAUACUGGGGCACCCAAGAACCGACCACGGUUCCUGACAGUUGGUGGACCACGGCCUGGAACAAUCACAGCUUCCAGAUCCGACUGAGGGGUGGAAACGGCUACAGCUACGGCAGAGUGGAGGUCUACUACAACGGACAGUGGGGGACUGUCUGUGACGACGGCUUCGGUUGGCAAGAAGCCCGAGUCAUCUGCCGUGAACUAGGAUUCUCCGACUAUUCCACCUACUACUACAGAGCGUACUACGGCCAGGGCAGCGGACCCAUUUGGAUGGACAACCUUAACUGCAACGGGUACGAGAGUUCCCUGCAGUACUGCACACAUAACGGUUGGGGAAGCCAUAAUUGCUACCACUAUGAAGACGUCAGCGUGGUUUGUGGUGCCAACGGCACUGAUCUUCCUACGAUCACCCCACCACUGCAAACUUCUCAACCUGAUUUAGGUAUCAGCGGUUCCUGCGACUCCGACAUGAUGACAGUGACCUUUGACCUGUGGGUUGCCCCGUGGCUUGAUGGGAAUUUUAUGCACUUCGCCGACCCCACCUGUAAGGCCUACAACAAUGGUUCUCACCUCAUCUUAGCGACUAAACUCAGCGACUGUGGGACGAAAAGGAACGAAACAGAUGCUCACGUCAUCUACACCAACAAGGUCCUCAUGUACUCGACCAAUCACAGCGUCAUCAUCCGGGACCUUCAGCUCGAGGUCCCUGUUACCUGCAAGCUACCGCGCAAGUCCGUAGUUUCCGCCCAGUUUACGGCAGACUCCAACGCCGUGAGGUACAACCUUGAGAGGGAGGGGCAGUUUGACAUCGCGCUGCAGUUUUACCGCAGUUCGUCGUUCUACUCCGCGCACACGGGGCCGGUGGAACUGCAGCUGAACGAGAGGGCGUACGCGCAGGUGCGGCUCUCCUCUGACGACAAUCUCCGCAUCAGGGUGGACUCCUGCGUGGCCACGCCUUCACGGAACCCGACCGAUACUGUCAUCUACAGCGUCAUCGAAAACAACUGUCCCGAAGACCCUACUGUGAUGAUGUACAACACAUCCCUCCCGAAGGUGGAACGUUUUGGGUUUCGCGCUUUCCAGUUCGCCAACGGACAGAACCAAGUCUACCUGCACUGCGUAAUUCAGGUCUGUGACGGGUCGGACCCCAACUCCCAGUGCACCAUGGGAUGCAUGAGGCGUGGUGACCGGGAGAAACGUGAGGCCACGCCUAGCAACCAGCUACGUCAAGUGUCCGCGGGCCCCAUCUUCCUGCGCAUGCCCGGAGACGACGAGGGCGUCGACUUCUAUGCUGAGAAGAAGCCCUCCACGUCCAGCAACUUUGCGCAGACCCCGGCCCUGACCCUCGCCGUCGCCGCCGUGGCCGGUCUGGCCGUGGUCGUUCUCGGCAUCGCCGCCAUGGCGUUCGUCUACAAACACCGCCGCGACAAGAUGGCCUUCCGGUACCAGCCUGUCGACACCGCGGAGACAUACUAACUAACUAACUAGCGUUUAAACUCUU